AUGGAUUACAAUUUACAAUUGCAAAUAUUAUCCCUCAGCACAAUGCAUUUUAUUACAGGUCUUUACUUCCAAUGGCUUAUGUGUCUUGGGCAGACUCUUUUUGGUGCAAUUGUGCUCGCUAUCUCAGGUUGGCCACCAAUAUUUCCGUUGGCUAUGCUUGCGGGUGCAUUCUUCGCGAUCGGAAAUGCACUAACGAUAUAUAUCAUGGAUGGAAUCGGUAUGGCUGUGGGAUCAUUAUUAUGGAACUCGAUAACAUGUGUUGUUGGAUGGGCUGUGACGAGAUUUGGCCUUUUCUGGAAUCCCCAACAAUUACCUCAUGAUAACAUUAUGAAUUUAAUUGGGGUCAUAGUUAUCUGUAUUGGACUAUCAGUUUAUGAAUUUAGUGGAUGUUUUUUCGCCACGAUAAAGCAUCAUCCAAUGACUGUUCGACCAGCUCCCUGGCAAAAGCCUAAGCUGGAAAAACAACAAUGGAUUGAAUGGAACAUAACAAUGGCGAGAACCUGCGAAAAUAAAAUGUGUCACACCCUCGAUUCUGAUGGCUAA